CAAUUACACAACAGCAAAAAAGUACACAGCACAAGCACACAGAUUUUGGCUUUGUCAAUCUCCAUAUAACUUAACAGCAAACUCUGCUUAAUUUACCACAAACCACUGGUCUUGGAAGCUACAAGAUAUACCAAACAAUGUCAUCCUCUAAGCCUCUUUUAUUUGCGGCCCUUUUGGUUCUGCUCGUUUUCCAUUAUGCCAAUGGAGACCCCUCUGAAACCGAUCUGUGCAACUUUGAGGAUGACUCAGAUUUGGAUAACAACGUAUCCACAAAGAAUGUGAUGGAUGGCUGCCAUUUUUCCUGUGAAUGCAAAACAGCAGAGGAUUGUAGCCAUCCUUGUGCAGCCCUGGGGCUGGAUCCUAAUGCUGCGAAAUGUAUUGGGAAUCGUUGCUGUUGUAUUUAGUUCUGCUAAAUCCAAUUAGCUACAUAUAUUUACUUUGUAAUAAAGUUAAAUGCCUUAAAAAUGACCUUGUUUAAUACAAACAAAGUUAUCUUUUCAGGCAAAUAAGAAAGUUGGCCGUUCAAUCUUUAUUUAGAUUCUCCAUCGUUUAUUGCUGUAUACAUGCA